UAAAAUUUUCGGUUUGGGAAAUGUCCAGGGAGGGAUGGGCCACUGAUUCUUUUUGUUGGAGGUGUGGGUAUUUGACAAUGCAAGAGUGUGUAUAUACGGAGCGGGAAGGUUUUUCGUACAGAAUCACGUGAUGAGCUAUCAGAUAUCAGACUAGUCCCUGUAAAUAGACGAUUUAGUGGGUGUGACUUAGAGGAAGCGAUUUUAGCAAAAAACUUCGUCAAGAAAGUCAUGUCUGAAACUUAAAGGCAUUUCUCCAGCAUCUGCAUCAAGGUUGUACGAGGGACUACUCCGGAAAGCACCUGUGAUCAGCCUAAGUCCCGUAUUCUGUAUUGUGUCGAGCAGGCCGAUUGUAUUUUUAGUAGCGGAAUUGUAUGCAUUACAUCCAUAGUCCAGUUGUGUUCUUAUUAAAUUUUUGUACAAUAUCAUGAGCCCACGGCGAUCAGCACCCCAAGAGUAUGAACUAAUCGACGUUAGUAGGUUCAUUGAAAGAAAGCUUUUUGUUUUUAAUCGUUUUAUAUGUGCAUUCCAAUGUCCUGUCAAAGAUGACCCACAGGUAUCGGAUAGUAUCUGAAUACGAGAGAAGACAGUUGGAUAUGUACAAGGAAGGGUAGCUGAGUGGACGCCGUUUUGCAAAAUGUAUAGCAGUUGUUUUUUGUGGGAAAACGGUGAAACCAUGUUCACAGAGCCAUCUGUUUACCUUAUUCAGGGUGUUUUGCAUUUGUGUUUGUAGAGAAUUUAUAUUUAUAUAGCAUUCCUUCACAGGAAGGUUCUUUGCAUUUCAAAACAUUGUUGAUUGCAACACAAAAUAAUAUAGGGCUGCCCUGAGGCACCUCGUUCUCCUGAACAUACCCGACAGUGCCGAUCCACAUCUCACUCUGAAAACUCGGUCAUUAAGAAAAUCGCAAAUAAAUUGUAGCAAAUUACCGUCUAUCCCGAAAGGGAUUACUUAUUUAUUAUUAGUUGUUUGUUAUCGUAAGUAUUGUCUUUGUUUUCAAGAGCAUUUAUUUUCCUUAUAAGAAAUUCUAUGGCAUUAUUGAGUUUGUUAAUUUGUACACUCAGAUUCUCAAUGUAGUCUGCAUUAAGAUUUUGUUCAUUUUGUAUGUCCACCUGUUGCUUGUUAUUAGCAUUAUUGUGAUUAUUUUUUUUUUUAAAUAAAUAUAUUUUCUAUUUCUAUUUCAAUAUCGAUAGAAAAACAUCGAGUUUCCUGUAAACAUGUCUAGUUGUGACAGUUAUGAUCGAUACCACACCGUACUAGGAAUGUAUUUUGUAGCGUGUGAGUCGGUGCUCGGUGUUGUCUAAUGUCUUCUGUAAUCUGUAUUGCGUAGUGCUCACUGCUCUAUCCGUCGUUUGAACUCUGCCCAAUCGGUCUCUCCAGUUUUCGCGGUUUUUCCAUAAAUUGUACGGCCAAGAAAAGUGAGGAACGGCAAAGGUCGUUGCACCUCGCAACGGACUGUUGAGGCAUAAUUCGAAUUGGCAAACUGCAUAAUCUGUUGAAAGGUCUUGGCUCUUUUUGCACAUGUUGAUUUAUUUUAUGCGUCAUGUAUUUCCUCGGUAAUAUAAAAGACAUUCACGAAUUGGAUCUCACUCCGACUAAUGUACAUAUAGACAGUUGGUUAUUUAAAUUGUAUAAACUCACCGGAAUCGCUUUCGUGUUUUUAUCUAUCCUUGUUUCUGCGAGGUUGUAUUCCGGUCACCCGAUGGUGUGCACAGAAACCAAAGAACUGCCGGAAGACCUGAUAAACGCCUAUUGUUGGAUGAAUUCCACAUUCACUGUUAGUCUGCCAAAAGACGGACAUACCGAUAAUCGCCUAACGACCGUCGGAACCGAGUUCUACACCACAGGGAGUGUCAAACAAAAAUAUCACAAAUAUUAUCAGUGGUUUUCACUCGUUCUUCUUUUACUAAGUUCACUCUGUUAUUUGCCUGUUUAUCUCUGGAACAGAUUGGAAAGAGGAAAGUUAGAACUCUUGAUAUUAGGCCUUGACUCUGAUGCUAUUACAGAAAGUGUUAAAAACGCUAGGAAAAAAAACCUUCUUCACUAUUUAAUCAAAAAUCUUCACACCCAUAAAAUGUACGCCCUUGUUUUUUUCUGUUGUGAAGUAGGUGUACUUUUUUUGAUUGGCGCUCAAAGGAGUUUUAUGAACUCUUUCUUUGAAGAAGAAUUAUUUAUGUUCUAUUACAAAAUUGUGCUUGACUUGAUAAUCGGAAGCAAAACAACACGAAGCAACAUGUUGUCAGAAUUAUUCCCGAAAUUAACGAAAUGUACUUUCAGAAUGCAUGGUCCGACAGGCGAACUACAGGUGUUCAACAGCCUUUGCCUUCUCCCAGUUAAUAUUGUAGCAGAAAAAGUGUUCACCGCUCUUUGGCUUUGGUUGAACAUAUUACUUUUAGUAUCUCUAAUUUUGUUGACUAGUAGACUCAUGGCUAUAUCAUUUUCUGCCAUAAGAGUUUAUGCCCUCAUGCCAAAAUUUAGAAAUGCACCACAGGCAAAGAUAAGAAAACUAAUACAAUUGAUGGACUUCGGUGAUUUCUUCAUUUUAAAAUUAAUUUUAAGAAAAAUCGAUGAAUCUAUUUGUGUAGAAUUAGUCUCAGACUUAAGUGAGGCUUUGUUUAAAAAAUAACGAAUUUUUUUUGUAAAACAGUAAUUCUUUUAAUGCUCUUUUAUAAUCCCAAUGUCUUGUCCAAUAAAUUCAUUAUAAAAUCAA